CCGCCUCGCUGCCCGGCCGGAGGACUGACGGCAGGGAGCCGGCAGAGGAGGCGGAGAGAGAAGAUGGCGGAGGCCUCCGCGGCGGCGGCGGCCGCCGUGUCCCAGCACCGCUUCUUCUGCCACAGCUGCAAAGGGGAGGUCAGCCCCAAGCUGCCGGAGUACACGUGCCCCAGGUGCGAGUCCGGCUUCAUCGAAGAGGUGACAGAGGAUUCCAGUUUCCUGGACGGCGGUGGCCUGGAGGACGGCCCUUCGGCGCAGUUUGCAGAGCUCUGGGACCACUUGGACCACACCAUGUUCUUUCCUGACUUCAGACCCUUCCUGAGCGGCGGCUCUCUGGACCAGGACAGCAGAGACAACGAGCGGGGCCACCAGGCCCACGCCGAGCUCUGGGGGCCGAGCCGGCCGCCGCGGUUGCCCAUGGCGCGCAGGUUCCGCUCCCGGGGCAGCUCCCGGCCCGACCGCUCCCCGGCCAUUGAGGGCAUCAUCCAGCAGAUCUUCGCGGGCUUCUUCGCCAACUCGGCCAUUCCCGGCUCACAGCACCCGUUCUCAUGGAGCGGGAUGCUGCACUCCAACCCCGGCGAUUACGCGUGGGGACAGAGCGGCCUCGACGCCAUCGUCACGCAGCUCCUGGGACAGCUGGAGAACACGGGGCCGCCCCCGGCCGACAAAGAGAAGAUCUCCUCCCUGCCGACGGUGGCGGUGACUCAGGAUCAAGUCGACACGGGGUUGGAGUGCCCGGUGUGCAAGGAGGACUACGCGGUGGCCGAGCAGGUGCGGCAGCUGCCGUGCAACCACUUCUUCCACGGCGGCUGCAUCGUGCCCUGGCUGGAGCUGCACGACACGUGCCCGGUGUGCAGGAAGAGCCUGAGCGGCGAGGAUUCCUCGCGGCACUCGCACGGCCCCGCGCCGGGCGGCGGCUCCGGCGGCGACAGCCAGAGCCGGGAGCGGUGGACGUUCUGA